AUGGAUCCAUCGCAGACCCAAAGCCCGCCCUCGUCGCGGCUGUCUGCGAUGGUCUUGAACAGCUCGCCCUCAGACCUGCUGGCUGCGAUGGCAUUGAACAACUCGCCCGCUCAACAGGCUCCAUGCGAUGCUCCUACUGAGGCUCCCUCUGCCCGCACCUCUUUGUUUGGUGGCACCUCCCCUCCCGGGACUCCUCGCACUCCCCGCUUGGCUGAAAGUCCUUCCCCCAGCCCGAGCCCUCCCAAUACGCCCUCCCCGCUCGACAGGCGCCUAUCUGGCAACCCGAAUCUUUCUCCCUCGCGCACUCCUCAUGAUGAUGCGCAGUCUGAUGAAACCUCUGGCGAUUUUCCGUACUUGGCACGAGGGCCAUCGCUCCCUUAUGAAGCCUGGGAAACAAUCUUUUAUGCCACGCUUACUAGUUUCUCCUACGAGGAAUAUGACUUCAUUUAUGGAGAUGUCUUCGAGCACCCGGCUACCAAAAAGACCCUUUCGACUCUGAGACUGGUGAACCGAAUCUGGAACCGGAUUGCGACUCCUCUCCUUUUUCGAUAUAUCCAGGCCGUCGUUGGAUACUCUGCUGGUCGACCUCUCGAUAGCAUCCUGAAGAUAUCCGAAAGCCCACACGCCCUUUACGUCCGCGACGUCCGCUUUGGUUUCGUGGGAGCAUGGCUGCCCGGACUGGAUUAUGAUCGGUACAUCGACGACUUGGCAGCAGGAGCUCUUCCGAUUCUCAUCAGUCGUUUCAAGAACAUUCAAACAUUGCGGCUGCAAACACCCACCGUGGUGGACACAUUCAGUGAAGAAGGACAACUCAAGCCGACGAUGCUUGCCAAGCUGACAAAUGCUCUUGUCCAUACUCUACGCUUUGUGCCUGUCCCGAGACUGAGGUGCCUCCAUAUGUCUAUGCCAACCACGGCUGAAUUUGCCCGUUUCUUUGAGUCGAACAGUUACGCCAGCAACUUCACCAACGUUUUCGCCCAAAUUGAAGAACUACACAUCACCAUUAAUGACAGCACUGGCCCUGAUGGCAGACGAGACCCGAAAUGGCCCCGCUCUGUGAUCAAGACCAAGUAUCCACUCGAUCGAUUUGCUCCGUAUCUCCUCCAGCUCAUCUCUCACGCAAAACGGAUCCAAGUCUUCAGCCUGGAUGCCCGUACCUGGUUUGACGUGUCUGAUCUGGAAGCAGAAAGUCUCACUAAUCUGAAGAGCUUCCGACUCGAAGGAGUGAGAAUCAACGACGAAACUCUCAGGCAGAUUUUCAUACAAGCUCGGAAAACGCUGCUUCGCAUUGAAUUGGUCCACGUUCGGCUCAUGUCUGGUACCUGGGAGGCCGUUUUUGGUCAUCAAGCACUUCCUCCCUGGAACCUCAUGUGGCUUCGUGUUGAUGGAUGUGGCUACUCGAUGACGGGCACCAGUUCUCAGUACGUCGGUUAUUCAUUCUCGCACUACCCAACAGCACUCUGGACUCUCCAUGGUCGGGACUGGUUGGCUCUUACGCACUGGAGAUCGGUGGUGAAUGCAAACCGUUAUCGCAAAGGACUGCCUAGAUGUCCCCAUUGCUUUUUCCCGUCAAUUAACCCGAUCCAUAAUCCCUAA